AAGUCUACAAAUUGAGUCAACUAUAUAAGCUAUUUCACAGAGCAACGUAAACAAAAUUCAACAGUUCAACAUUUGCCGUGAGCAGCCUGGUACAGUAACAAUGCAUUUCCGUGGAUUUAUACUAUUUGUUCUUCUACACUUUGUUCAUCCGAAGGUAUUAGAUUUAUCAUGCAAAGAAAUCCGUGCUUUUAUCGACGGUCAUAACUCGCGCCGCCUCAGUUUGGCUAAGGGUAAUGUUCAAAAACAACCUGCAGCAUCUGAGAUGAAGUACAUGAUUUGGGACAAGGAGUUGGCAGCGAAAGCAUCCAAAUGGGCAUCGACUAAUCAACUGUCCCACAAUCCCGACAGGACUAUUGGAUCCGGAAGAUUUACAACAGGAGAGAACAUAUAUAUGGCGGGUUCCACUGAUCUCAAUUGGAAAAUUAAUGUUGAUAGUGCGUUACAAUCUUGGUUUGAUGAACACAAAGAUUACACCUAUGGACCAAUCAAAAUUUCCGAUUUCAACGGUUCCAACAAAGCUAUCGGACAUUAUACACAAAUGGCGUGGUCUGAUUCGGUAUAUAUUGGAUGUGGAAUUUCCGAGAAUCAGAAAAACGGCAUGAAAGAAUAUUAUGUUGUCUGCAACUAUGGUCCACCUGGAAAUUAUUUAGGUCAAACUCCAUAUAAAGCGUCUGGUAGCGGGAGUGGAAAACUGAUUUGUUCUACUAAAGAUUGCAGCCGCCCAUACGGAGACAAUUGUAAAUAAAAAAAUAGAGCCCAUAACUAUUAACUACUAAAAAAUUAUAGUCAUAUUCAUUUGUAAAUUUAUUUAUUAGAAUAAUAAUAUAGAUGAAAAUGUAUUUGAACACUAAUAAAGUACUUAGUAUAA